AUGUAUCUUUCCAAGACCGCAGUCUUUGGCCUGUUGCAGGCCGGUCUCACCUGUGCCGCUGCCAUUUCCUCCACUAUUGAGAAGAGAAAGGCUGAGACUAAUGCCACCUUGGUUGCGUACGGCACUAACUCUUCGUCGUGGCCUAUCGCCUAUGGAAUUGAUGAUGGAUACCUUUACAUCACUCAAACUCCCGACAACUCGUCCGCCAACCUUGAGCCCAUGCUUUGGAACCUCCCUUCCAUCACCGGCCAGAACUGGAAGGUCAACGGAACUUUCGUCAACGGCACUUCUGCUGGAUACCUCACUAUCACCGACAGCGAGGACCGUGCCAUGGGUCUGACCUCUGAGGUUCCUGUGGUUAGCGUCAACCAAAGCACCUACGGUUGGGCAUUGUUCGCUACCCAGCUUGUCUACAACAACAACUCGGAGCUUCAGGCUCAGUUCUGGGCCAAGCCAACCGACACCCAAGAUAUCUACCUUUUGUUCUGGAACGAAGACCAGACUGUCUCUGAAGGCAGCUUCCCCGUGGUGGUUAAGGGUGUGGAGGACUCUUGA